CCAUGAUAUCUUUAUAAUUAAUACAUUUUUAUUAAUAGAAUAAUUUAGCACAACACCAGUUCAAUCGCAAAGGAACCUCAUUGUUUGAUAAGUCAACGUAAACAAAACGAUCUCCAAGCUCGAUUAUUGCUGUCUGUCGAUCGGGUCAAAGGUCAAUCCUCGCUCCAUCGUUGUGCUUCAAACAUUAGCUCCUCUUGUGACCGUCAGCUAGCGGCUAGCCUGACGCUAGAGCCACUUCUGUUCAUCACCAGAAAACUAUCAAAACAACACAAACGUUUAUCGGGAUAGCUCGAUCUUUCAUCCUCGCUUGCACCUUUUGUGCUGCGUUAGCAUUAGCAUCCUGGUUAGCGUGGUUAGCCUCGCUAGCUAGCCCAUGAAGCUAGCCUCAGCGCGCGACUCAACCGCCUCCCCAUCGAGCGUCGCGCGGUGCCGGUGCCGCCAUGCAGGACCUCCUGGCCACCGUGGACCACAUCAAGUUCGACUUGGAGAUCGCCGUGGAGCAGCAGCUGGGCGCGCAGCCGCUGCCGUUCCCCGGGAUGGACAAGUCCGGAGCGGCAGUCUGUGAGUUCUUCAUGAGGGCAGCCUGUCUCAAAGGGGGCAUGUGCCCGUUCCGCCACAUCAGCGGGGAGAAGACGGUGGUCUGUAAGCACUGGCUGCGCGGGCUCUGCAAGAAGGGGGACCAGUGCGAGUUCCUCCACGAGUACGACAUGACCAAGAUGCCCGAGUGCUACUUCUACUCCAAGUUCGGCGAGUGCAGCAACAAGGAGUGUCCGUUUCUGCACAUCGAUCCAGAGUCUAAAAUCAAAGACUGCCCCUGGUACGACCGGGGCUUCUGCAAACACGGCCCCGACUGCAGACACAGACACACCCGCAGGGUCAUCUGCGUCAACUACCUGGUGGGCUUCUGUCCCGAGGGGAAGGCCUGUAAAUUCAUGCACCCCCGGUUUGAGCUGCCCAUGGGCGCCCCAGACCAGCCUCCGCUCCCCGGCCAGGGGAUGGGGCAGAACCAGAUGAAGCCGGUUCCCAGCAUCGGCCGCUCCUCCCUCUCCCUGAUCCAGCUCACCAACUCCAACCCAGGCCAUGGCCCCUACCAGCGGCCCCAGUACCACAACUCGGGCCCCAUGGGGCACAACAUGGGGGGCAACCGAGGGCCCCGGCCCCUGGACCAGGUCACCUGCUACAAGUGUGGGGAGAAGGGCCACUAUGCCAACAAAUGCACAAAGGGCCACCUGGCCUUCCUGAGUGGGCAGUAACACGUCUCACUGUAAACAUCUGCCUAUGGGGUGUAGUUCUCUUGUGCGGCCAGAAGGGGGCAGAGAAGAGAAUCCAGCGGGGAAUAUUGGAACACAUAAAGGACAAUUGAACAGGGAGCCUGCGACGCGGUGAGCCCUGUGGAACAUGGUGUUUUCGGAGACAUCAAAGAUUGCCUCGUUUGUUCCACUCUCCCUGCGAGGCGUCUCGGCUACUGGAGGACGGCCGCAGCCAGAGGAACGUCGUUAUGUACAUAAGAGAUGCCAGCGGACGUUUCCUCGGCUCGCAUCUCACAACAUUUUCUACAUUGUUUGUACUAUAGUCUUGCAGAUAACAGGAUGAGCUCAAUGCAGCAGGUGCUCUUUGCUCUGAACAGUCUCUGGAGUUGAUUUGGAGCCUCUGUACGUCUUUAUACGUGUGACCAGUGACAUGAGAUCGGUGAUUCCAUUGAUAAAGCAAACAGAUCCUAGUUUGUCUCUUAAUUGACAGCAAAAUAAAACAUUGACUUCGGAAUUAAUGUGCAAUCAGACUUUACGGUAUUCUGUUAGGUCCAAAUAGAUUGACCAGUAGAUGGGUUUUGAUUUAAUGUAUGAAGGUGAUGGUCCAGAAGAACUGGAGCCGUUCUCAGGUUCUGUUUCUUUACGUCGUGCAUCAGAUGUCUCGAUUAGAAGGUAAGGUAAGGUUUUUUUUUUUAUUCACUCAAGUUUCCCAUAUCAACUUUUCACCAAAUGAAAGAUAUCCUCACACA